CCCGCCCCCGCUGCCAGGAUGAUGCUCCGCCCCGAGGCGAUGGAUUCCGACCAGCUGUCGGCGAAUUCCGAAUCGGACUCGGCGGUCAGCGAGGUGAAGGGGGGCAGCGUGUCGGAAACGGAGGGCAGCGAGCGCCAGGCGCCGUGCCUCCCCCCGCAGCUCAGCCGCGAAGAGAAGAGACGCAGGAGGCGGGCCACCGCCAAGUACCGCUGCGCUCACGCCACCAGAGAGCGAAUCCGCGUGGAGGCCUUCAACGUGGCGUUCGCCGAGCUGCGGCGCCUGCUGCCCACCCUGCCGCCGGACAAGAAACUCUCCAAGAUCGAGAUCCUGCGCCUGGCCAUCUGCUACAUCUCCUACCUCAACCACGUGCUGGACGUCUAGCGGUCACGUGACGGACCGCAGCAUGAAAGGACAGACUGUGGCCCCCAAUCGCAGGAUAGGGCCCGUUUAGCUCUGGGGGGGUCUCUCUGUGGUAGAGGGGCCCCAGAGACGUGUCAGUGAGUAGCUCUAGAGAACCACGUGCUUUAUUUCUAGGUGGUAUGACCAAAAGGUGGCGCCCUGUGUGUGGUAGACGUGUAGACGCCCUCGUGGCGGGCGCGUGCGUGUUGUCUGUGUAGAGUAACAGUGACACCCGGUGGGCACUGUGUGUAUAACAUGACUAUAUAGAAUCCAUUGUAUAUGUGUCUUACCCGCUACGGGGACCCCCCCCCGACAAGAUUGGUCACU